CGUCGCGCUUAGAUAUCAGCCUUAGAUCCAUUCACCGUGGGUGGACAUCCCAGGCCCUUUCGGACACAUGGCUCUCAUGGGGCUUGUUUUCUACUAUUGAUCCACAAUGGGUGUCAUUAUCCAGCUGCAGUCCCUAGCUGUGAUGUCCUCCUUUCUCCAUCAGCGUCCGUCAACGCAGCCAGCCACUACUCAUGAUGAUGAUCCUCUUUCACCAUGUUCCCCAUCGCCGGGCUGAUGGCCCAUGGUCAUCGGGAAUCCUCAUGGCUGAACGUUAAGCUUAAAAGGAUAUCCCACCCUCAGCCUUCAGAUGAUAUUACCAUAGAGGAAAUCAGAGUUCGACUCAUCAAGAAUAUAAAGGUCGCCUUGUCUCUUCUAGUCAAUUGACUUGACCGUUACUCUAGCACACUCUAUUCAUUCUCUCCUUUUGGAUAUAGUUCCUUUAGUGCCUCUUGUUGCACGCCCACUCUUCACAUACCUUUAAUCACUUGUCGGAGGCAACUUCAAGUUUACUACAAUCGCAAUGGCUGACGGACUCAACGAAGCACGUGCCCUGCGGGUGGCCGAAAUCAUAAACGACUACCGAACUCUACUUGUGCACAUCUCCCAACAGAACGUCCAAAUCCCGAGCGCAGAAGCCAACGAAGAGGGCUACAAGACGAUCAGAGAAGGCCUGGCUGCCGCUCAGGCGUUGAUGUCCUCCAACUACAAUCCCAGCAUGACACCCGCCCAGUCAAACGUGGAGACGGAGAAGGCGGAGUUGCAGAGAGUGAUUCUUGACGCCAGCGCCCGGCGCUUUCAAGCCCAUCGCAUCUACCUUCGGGUGGCAGCCGCCAGAAGAUGGGCUAUCAACCGUCAGAACAUCCUGCGAGGACAACAGCCUGGACCUCAGCACGCUGCUCAACUCAAGACUGUGAGCAACACGUUCCGACAGGAAAUGGCACAAGUGACGGAUCAAUACGUCGUUGCUGAUCUCCGGGCUGCAGACACGCGGGCAGGUCAUUGGCUUGCCGACGAUCCUUCCCUGCCAGUGAUCCUCACCUGGAUCCGUUCUCACCCAUGAAUUGCUGGGCUCACGAUGUGCAACUCACUAUACACCUGAUUCUUUUGGCAGGACGAGAAGUUGCAGUGUAUGGAUAUAUGAUGUUCUAAAUGGUUUUCGGGCUUACAGCACCAUUUGCUUGGCUAUUUCGGUAUACCCUUUGAUGUGGGCGGUUUGUUAUCCGCAAUUUUGGGCGCAGGUCGCUCGUCGUGCUCUGAUUUUGGAAAAAGAAAAGCUGUGUGAUUCCCUAUGAUACGCCUCAUAUGUUCGGUUAUACUUUUCUUCUUUGCACUUGCCCUUUUUCGGCUUCUACAUUGAUCUUCUACUUUGUUCGGUUUCCCUUCAUGUCAUGAUAUCCCCCUUGAAUUAUGGCUUACGCUAGAUGCGACUUAAUUGGAAAUCCCCA